AUGGAUGGAUCCUUAUUUUCCGAGACCUUUUCGGUUAAGGCUCUCGGUAGUGAGUCUGCUUUGAAAGCCGAAUGCCGUUGGAGAUUCUCAUCCCCUCUCUACCCCAAAAGUUUAAACGGAAAUGCUCUUCCGUACUGCAAAUCUAUCGAUCUCGUUUUGGAUGUCAUAUCCUCGGAUAAGGCCGAGACGAACGGUCGUGCGAGUCAAGGAACGGACUUUCUUGCUGACUGUACCGACACGCCAUUGGGAACUAUUAUCAACAAAUUUCUGACAUCAAAGCCGCCUUACGUCGAGGGCAACGGACCGGACCACGCCAUCGAAGGUCUGAUCAAGGUCUUGUUGGUUCCACGUGAUGGUUAUCUCUGUCGACGUGACAUUCUACAGUUGAGAAUGGUACAUUCUGACUGUAUCGAGUCCGUCGUUCCCUUCCAAGUAGAGGGAAAGCCUUACCCCGCGGUGCCUCAAUCAGAAACCAAUCUGCUUUCUCUCUUACAGUCCUCUCCCGGAGCUUUGAUCUGCAAACGAUCCAUCCAAUCGGCGCGUGGCCUUGAGGCCUUUGACCUUGUCGAUCGGGAAGUGAACGAGAGGCUUUCUUUUGAAUGGGUAACCCCAGACAAACCUCCAGCAUUGACCGUGGCUGUGGUUGGCGGUCGCCCUCUGUUUGAUAGCACAACAGGGGGCUACGGUUCAGAGGGACCCUUCGACGCGGCUAGAGCGCUCGGAAUAGCCGUCGUUGUCCUUGAUCGUCCUGGCCAUUUCAUGGAGGGCCCAAGAUACAGUCAUCUGCGAGACGACUUUAUUGCUGUCGAUAUGACCAGUGACGACUGUCUACCUCAAAGGCUCACCGCAGCUGUCAAGGGCCGCAAAAUAGAUGGUAUCAUCACCUUUUCAGAUGAGUAUGUCAUUGCAACUGCAAAGGCAGCCGAAACGUUGAAUCUUGAAACUGAACCCGUCGACUCUAUAAUCACUGCUCACUACAAGGAUGCAACCCGCAAGGUUCUCAAUACUCCCAAUAUGCAGUCUUUUCGGUUGGAGAGCGCCGCGGACUUGGAGAGUGAAGAGAUUUCCAAGACAUUGGAAGCCUUAAAGUACCCUCUGGUAAUAAAGCCAUGCCGUGGUGGCGCCUCCCGUGGUGUCAAGAAGGUUCAGAAUUACCAAAGACUUCGGGAAGCAAUCGACCAGCUCGAAAACGAUGGUCUCACGAAAUACGGGAUUCUUCUCGAAACUUAUAUAAGUGGGCCAGAGAUAGAUGCCAACAUUGCUCUAUGGGAUGGUGAGCUUAUGUUCGCAGAGAUCACCGAUGAUUUCCCCUGCACAGCUGAUGCUAGUGACGCCACUAUUGCCGACAACUUCGGGGAGACUGUCAUGGUGUCACCGACGCUAUUGUGUCAGAAGGAGCAGAACCUGAUCAAGUCAUCUCUGCACAAAACACUGCUCAAACUUGGUUUCCGAAAUGGCGUCUUCCAUGUCGAAGCUAGAGUCCAGAACUCAAGCAUGCGAUACCAGGAAAUCGACGGUAUUGUUGAUUUAGCCGAUACAGAUAACCCGUCACCAAGAGACCCUGAGGUAUAUCUCAUCGAAGUGAACGCACGCCCUCCCGGCUUAGAUUGCGCUUUCUCAACCCUUCACGCUUACGGGGUAGAUCUUUGCGCGCUACAGCUUCUCCAAUGCCUGAGAGAUGGCGAUCGCUUCAAAGCGAUGUGUAAGCCUUUCUUAUCUGAGACACAGUACUGGAGCGGGAACUGCCUGAUCCCAAUUCACCGUCAUAACGUACUGGUACCAGAAGGGUUCUGUGGCAAAGUCCUGGAGAGGAUGCCAGACGUUGCUCCAUUAGUUUACAGGUCGGAGCUGUUUAGACAGCCUGGCACACUUGUAUCACCGCCACUGGGUGUCGAGUUUCUGGCUUAUUUCUUAGUGCAGUCUAGGACUGAUCGACGAAAGGUGCUGGAGACCUAUCAUCGCCUGAUACAAACUUGCAGGGAUGUUUUAGAUGAAGUGUGA